AUGCCGUUCGUAACAAAAAGCCGCCCUGUGCAGACCCUGACAGCAACCGUAAAGGAUGGCUUGGAAGACCGCCCCUUUACGAUUCGCGCAGAAAAGGGGCUGAGUGAGUGGUACGGCUUAGCACACUUCGAGCACCCAACAUCUGCACCCCUGAGUGAGUUGCGUCAGUUCUUCCCUAAACUUGAUGCAAACUACGUUUCCGGGCCGCCCCCUCCACGCAACGGCGAGACGAUAUCACAACUGCACCAUCGAGUGGCCGCCAGUAUUCAAGCCAUUAUCACACGAAGUGACCAGGAGGGCAACAAAGCAGUACUAGUCUGCUCUCAUGCGGCCGUAGUCAUAACCCUAGGCAGAGUCCUUACGGGGCAGCUGCCGGAUGAUCCAACCGUCGAAGAUUUCAAAGCACACACUUCUGGCCUAAGUAUAUACAGAAGGCAAAGGGUCGACAAACAAAAUGAUAUCACGGCCACGACUGAUGGAGCAACUCAAGGAGGCUGGACCUGCGAGGCGAAUUCAGACUGCAGCUUCCUUCGGUGUGGCGAAGAAAGGGGAUG